AUGAUGAUGAUCAAGGAAGUCGUCCGGGACGCGUGCGAAGAAGGCGGGUACGCGCUGAGAAGACGGAAUUCUUCUUUGGGGGUGAACGAAUGUACGACGACGGAAACGACGAAAGGAGGAAGAGGAGAAGGAAGCUCGUCGUACGGAGUGUCGUUGGAGGAACAGAUUCUCAUCCUCUCGACGUCGUCCUCAGAAAUUAAAUUUGACGUCGACGACUUCUUGCGACGGUUGGUGCACGAAGUGAAAGAAUACGCGCGACCACCGACGUCGAAUUUCCACGUCGGCGCGGCGUGUUUGACGAAUCGCGGGAAUAUUUUCUUAGGCGUGAACGUAGAGGUGGAAAAGUGCGCUUUGAAUAGGUCCGUGCACGCGGAGCAGUGCAUGAUUACGAACGCCAUGGUUGGAAUCAGGAACGCGGAGUUGGAAGAAUACAGGAGGAAAGAGAAGAUGAAAGGAGGCAAGAAGACGAAAGAAGAAAGAGAAAAGGAAAGGAGGAAAGAGCACGAGAGGAACAACAACAACAACAACAACAACGAGAGUAACGAGGAGGAGGAAAAAGAGAAGAUUGUAAAAAUUGCCAUAACACACGCGCCGUGCGGACAUUGUCGACAGUUUAUGAACGAACUGAGAGACGCGAAGGAUAUUCAGAUUUUAUUGCCCGGCAUGGCAGCGAUGAGAUUGGAGGAGUUGUUACCGAAAGCGUUCGGACCGUUGGAUUUAGAAGUACCGGGAGACGAAGAACAUCGAGAGGAGAGGAUAAAACGGAGGAAAAGUGAAGGCAGCGAUGCAAUAGUUGUGGACGAGGAAAAAGUGCACGUUAGGACGCUGUUGUUGGAUGGAUGUCCGCCGAACCCGCGAGAUCGGGACGGACUCGGAACCAUGGAGAAGUUUUGUAAAUUGCUGAGAGAAGCGUUGGAAGAUGGAAGGAUCCGUUUUGGGCAAUUCAGUUUUGGGAAUCUUGAGGAAGAAGAAAGAAUUUUUGCAGCAAUGGAGGAGUUGGCGCAUACAAUGGCGCAUUCAUACGCGCCAUAUACGGAUAGUCCAUGCGCUAUAGCCAUACCGUUGGAAUACCAGCGCUCGUUGGAAGAACGCUGGAAGACCGGUGAUAAACGAUCCGGGAUGAGGUUUUAUUUUGGUGCGAGCGUGGAGUGUGCAGCGUAUAACCCAUCGAUGACGCCAAUGCACGCGAUGCAAGUCGCACUUCACUGCACUCCAUUUCGACCUUCUUCGUAUAAAAAAUCGUCGCCUGAAUACGGGCACAUUGGAACCAGACCACUCUUUUGGAGUCAAAGGCGAUGCCCAAUAUCAAUAUACGUGUUCGGUUUUCGAGACGCAAAGAUUUCGUACGCGGAAACUUUGAAGAAGGAAUUCGAGGAUAUCGCGAGAAGAAACGAUACAGAUUAUGCGCCACAGUUUAUUGUGAAAGAAAUUUUGUUCGACAGACACAUGUUCAGCGUGGAAGACCCCCAAGAUGUGAUAGUUAGGGAAUAUGAGAGAAUCAGGUCAAUGUUUGUGGAAGUACUUGAUUGGUAUAGUCUAUGA